AUGGGUGAAAGCUCAAAGAGAGGAUUAUCGGGGGAUGUAGGACCGCGUAAUUCCUUUGUACACAACAUACGAAAUAUACAAAUCGUUAUGAUUACACAUAAUAUGGACAUUCUACAAUGGAUACUUCAAAAGAUUACAUACAUAAAACAGAGGGUUCUAACUACCGGAAUCAGCAUUAUCAUAAAAUAUCAUAGAGAAUUAAGUGUGCCUGUCCAAGAAACAUUAUCAAUGAGGAAUAAGACAUUUAGCACCAAAGUAAGAAGUCGAGCAAAAUAUCUCCUGAACCUCCAAGGGGGAAUUUCGGAACAUCCAUACGCUACAGCGGCGACUGAAGGAAGGAAUCUUAGUAAGUAUCCCAAUACUCAAAAUCCGGAAUCAUCAGAAAGCAUUCGGGGGAAUCGGUACUAUAAUCCUCAAGCAAUACCACGAAGUCAUCAAUUCAGUGUGCCAUCCAAUACCUAA